AUGAGUGUUGAUUUUCAACCUUGUAAUGUGAAGCAUUCGAUUUUGGAAAGGGUGCAUGGGGCUGAUGAGUCCAUCAGCUGCCCCCGCAAGGUUCAUCUUUGGGCAAGAGAUGCCGGUGAGUUGGGAUAUUCCCAAGGCAUCCAUGAGAUCAAAUGCCCCGGAAGUACUUGCGAUGUACAGCUGUCCGUUGAUAUGACCCUCGAGACUAUGCAAAAGAACGAGGCUCUUAUCUUAUUUCAUUGGUCCAAGUGGGAUUGGGAGACGUUGCAUUGUCAUCGACCAUGGGGCCAGAAGUGGGUGUUCUACACCCUCGAGAGUCCGCUCAACACCAAAGAGCACGUCGUUCCUCCCACCAGAUACUACAGCAACACAUAUGACUAUAUCAUGUCAUUUCGGUACGAUUCAGACUUUCGGGCAGAUUACGGACAAUACCUCGCAGGGAAACCUCAGAUCGAGGCUAACGUCACGAGAAAUUGGGCUCAGAAUCGUUCCAGGCCGGUCGUCUGGAUGGCCUCGAACUGUAAAAGGACAACCUGGCCAAGACAGGACUUUGUGAAUAGAUUGGCGAGAUACAUCAAUGUGGACAUGUAUGGCCGCUGUGGAAACCAAACCUGCACAGCUGGCACCGAAGAUUGCGAGAGGGCGCUCAAGCAGCACAAGUUCUUACUAGCGCUGGAAAACAGCGAGUGCACGGACUAUAUCACGGAGAAGUUCUGGAUCCAAGCCCUCUACAGGGAAAUAGUCCCAAUCGUCUUCGGGCCUCCGCGGAGACUUCGAAACCGCGCGGGAAUUAGGGAAUUUCUGAAGAAAGUGGACGCGGACGACGCCCUCUAUGGCAAGUAUUUUGAAUGGAAAAAGAAAGGUUCUUUGAAACCGUACGGAGGAUCCACGCGAAGUAUCAUGUGUGAGCUUGGAGACCGUCUAGAAGCUGACGCGAAAGCAGUUCGAAAUGGAACCUAUAAGCCAACGAAACAAAAAGACUGGAACACAUGGUGGCUGGACUCGUGCAAGAAGAAAGGGAGGGUGCCAAAAUAA